UCUGGACAGGCCCCGCGGGAUCACCCUGCGUCGCCCGUGUCGCAGCCCGCAUCGAACAUCUGCUGUCAAACAUGGCUGAAAGUGGGUCGGAUUGCAGCCCACCGAACGAGCCGUACAAAAUAGCACACUCAGGCCCUCGAGUAGUGACAAUUACAAAGACUGAAACAGGAUUUGGCUUCAAUGUUCGUGGUCAAGUUAGUGAGGGAGGACAGCUUCGAAGUAUCAAUGGCGAACUGUAUGCGCCCCUUCAGCAUGUCAGCGCCGUCCUGGAUGGGGGCGCAGCCGAAAGGGCCGGGGUGAGAAAAGGAGAUCGGAUUUUACAAGUAAAUGGUGAAAAUGUUGAAGGUGCCACCCACAAACAGGUUGUAGACUUAAUUAAGUCAGGAGGCGAUGUUCUUACCUUAACUGUUAUAUCAGUAACUGCUCAAGAAGCGGAAAGAUUAGAACCUACAGAAGAAGUUGCGGGCUACAACUACUUUGAUUAUAGUGAGAAACGUUCACUACCUAUAUCUGUACCAGAUUAUCAUUAUGUUGAAAAAAAUGGUGAAAAGUUUGUGGUGUUUAAUAUAUAUAUGGCCGGAAGACACCUGUGCUCCAGAAGAUAUAGAGAAUUUGCUAAUCUACAUAUGUCUCUUAAGAAGGAAUUUAUUGGCUUUGCAUUCCCAAAGUUGCCAGGCAAAUGGCCUUUCAACUUGAGUGAACAACAACUUGAUUCUCGGCGAAGAGGACUUGAGCAGUACAUGGAAAAAGUAUGUGCAGUUCGUGUAAUAGCUGAGAGUGAUAUUGUUCAGGAGUUCCUUGCUGACACAGAUGAUGAGCUGGGAAAUGGGUCUCCUGUGGAUUUGAAAGUUCAGCUUCCAGACAAAAAUGUGGUCACUAUAUCUAUGCCUAAAAAUGCACCUGCUGAGGUUGUGUUUCUUGCUGUGAUUGAACGCAUUCACUUGCAGAAGAGCUCUGCAAGGUUCUUUUAUUUAUUUGAAACUGUAGAGGAUAUGUUUGAUCGCAAAUUAUUACCAACAGAAUACCCUCAUAAUCUAUACAUACAGAACUUCACUACCGCUUCGCCAACAUGUCUUUGCAUUAAAAAGUGGUUAUUUUCUUUGCCACGAGAACUUUCACUAUCGAGUGAUGACUAUGCAACAACGUUUUUCUUUUGGCAAGCAGUUGAAGAUGUUAAUAGGGGACAUGUGAGAGCUUUGGAUCGUCUCUACCAAUUAAAAGCUUUGCAAGAUGCUUCUCGUAAGAAUGAGUAUCUUAGACUUGCGCGAGAGCUACCAGGCUAUGGUGAAGUAGUAUUUCCUCAUUGUCCCUGUGAUUCUCGUAAAGAGGGCCAUGUCAUGGCUGCUGCAGGAACUACUUCAUUUAAACUACAUGCAUGUCGGAAGGAUGGGGUUCUUGAGUCCCAGGUUGUAGAAUUUCUCUGGCCAGAUAUAAAGGAGUGGGAGAUUGACGAAGAGACCAUGGCAUUCUGCUUUCAGUACCAACGGCCAGAUAAGAAUCCACGAUGGGUCAAGAUUUUUACACCUUAUUACAUCUUUAUGUUGGAAUGUUUUGAUCGAAUACUUGAGGAGAGUAAAUGGGCUGACACAGGAGAAUGAGAUCCUACGUUCCCAAGUCUGUGAUAGUACCUAGAUUUAGUAUAAUGAUGUCAUGUAGACUGCUUUAUUUUCUCCUUCUUCCCUCUGCUCUGACCUUAUUUUAUAAUUUUAAUUUUUUUUUUUUUUUUACACUUUGCAUCACAUUUUAUCUACAUACCAUCUGAAAUAAUUGUUGUUAUAUUAUUGUUGUUGAGUUGGAGGCUGUGAGUUUAUAAAUGUUUGGAACCCUGUGGGUGUUGUUAUGACAAUUUUUUCUAUUGAGUGCAGUUUUUUUGCUUUAACAAAGAAUAUUUGUUGACGAAAAUUUACUAGGUAAUGCUGGGUUAUCUCUUAAUCAUAUUCCAGUUUCUAGGCUUUCUUAUUCAGAUUAUUAAGUUAAAUUGUGAAUGCAAAACUGUUUUAAAGUGUUUAAAAGAGCUGCAGUAUAAAUAUUCUUUCCCAUGAUAGUGCCAAGGGUGCCUUGGAAGGAUAGUGUGUGAAGAGUGAGUGAACAGUUUUUGUGUCCACAUACUGUAUUUCUCUUAUUUGUGUGUGGUACAGCCUCAGCAGGGAAAUAUCUUUUGAAAUUCUGUGCCAUCUUUGUAGAGUUCUGGCUGUGCUAGUUCCUAGAAGUGCUCUUUCAAUACAUUUUUAUUACAACUCAUUACAGUAGGAGAUUCAAAAUUUCAGUUUGUUAUGAUUCCCUACUGUCAUAUUUCUGAAUGCAUGCUACAGCUCACAUUCAACAUUGAAGUCACAGUGUGGUCAGAGUAUGAAGAUUGCUUUGAUAAGUUUCCCUCAAGCUGGUGUUUACCAUUGAACUCCUUAAUUAAGCAGUUCAGGUUGAUGAUAGCCAUAGUGAAAAUAAUGUCUGGUGAGUUUUGAUCAAUCAUGCCACUCUCUACUUUAAAGAACAUACUAUCAGCCUUGAAAUUUAAGAAAUUCCAAUUCCAUCUUCUUCCCCUGCACAUCAAUGUGAAAUUUAUUCAUUCUAAGUUAUCAUCAUUGGCUGCUAUGAACACAGUUGAACACGAUUCGCUUAGAUCAACUUAUUCUGUCCAUAACAGUUCUUGUUCACUCUUAAAAGCUGAUUUAGAGGCUAUCAAUUUUCUUCUGACAAUUAGGCAUAUGCAGUGUUAAAAUUUAUUUUUAUCUUAAAGCAGGAAUUACAAAACAUUCCCCUUCAAAAAACACACGCUUUACAUCUUACACUGCAUGAUCAAUUUCAUAAAAACUUACUUUCGUAGUGUAUUUCAAUAUUUUAGGCAAGUUCAUGUUGCUUCAUUGUUUUGGUAGUCUUUAAUUACUAUUUUUUCCCUUAACCCACCUCCUCCACCCACCUUUACCUUUUACAAUCCCAAAUGGCAUGGCAUUGUUAGGAGUAAAACUUCGUAUCCAAUCAGUGGUAGAACUUUCCUAUAUGUUUCACAUAUAUUAGGUGUAUUUGUUUUCUUUUAAUUCUAUUACUCUCUUUUAACAAAAAAACUUGCUCUUUUUCUGGAACAAACGACUUUAUACAGGAUGCUACUUUUAUGUGUUGUUUUAAGUCAAAAGAAAUGGGAAGUUCUUGUUAAAGUUUGAUAUUUUGCAUCCAUUUCUGUGUCUAGGAAUUUCCAUGACAGUUUUGAUCUUAGUUUGUGCUGUUUUGUAUUAACAAAUGAAAUACUCUUAGCUGGACUUCAUACUUAAUUGUUUCAAUCUAAGAAACAACUUCAAAUAUGUAGUUCUUACUAGCUUUGUACACCUUCAAAAUUUAGGAUAUCUGUGUUUGAAAAGGGUGCUUCAUUUUCUCCCACUGGGUAGUACUUUUGUCUUUUCUUUGUCGCUCAGUGUUCUGUUCAACUUUUUUUGCCCUUAUGUUCUAUAAUGAUUUGCCACCUCAUCAAUGGAUAAUUCAUUCCUGCUUUCUGUGCACAUAAAUUGCUGUUGUAUACUUGGGAUCAAAGUAUGUUCUUCUGUGGUUUCAGACAUUACUGCUAAAUCUGAAGCCUUGACUCUUUCUACUGUGUUAUCAUUGUGUCCCAAUGUGUCAUUUUAAAGCAUUUAUUUCCCAUGUAGAAAAAUGUUUUAUGAACAUUUCAAGUGAAGAAUUCCUUUUCAUUGGGCAAAGGAAACCAGCAGGAAUGUUAUUAUGAAACUUCAAGUAUGAAUCAUUCCUAAGACUAUUUUUCUAGCAGUUUUAGAUUUUAUCUAUCUAUCUCUUUAAUUUGUUGCCGUUGAUCAUUUUAAUUUAGUAACAAUAACAUAGGUUUGCAGCCAGAAAUUUGGUGCCAUACAGUAUUGGGGCAUGUGAGCUGGCUGUCCAAUUAAUUAUCAAAGAUUUGAAGUAUGUUUAGGUGUAAGUUACCACAUUUUGCACAAUUUCAAAUGUUAUUUAUUAUCAUCACCUUAAGCAGCUCAACUACAUCUUGAGAUUUUGUCUUGAUCCCUAACAAAGACUUGUUUCUAGAUUUUUCCAAAUUCAAUGCCUUGCUAAAGUGUUACUGAUAUUUUUAAGAUGGUACUGGUAAGGUAGCUGUCGCACUUUAUUGUAUUGUGAGUGUUCAGGAUACAUUUCAUAUGGUUUAGAUUUUACAAUACUCAGGUGUGGUAGUGUUUUUGUUAUUGAUUGUGUAAUUCAGUCUAAUAUGCAAAUUUCUAUUUUGUACAGUGUCUGUGUUCCCUAUGUCUUGUGUAAUGCAUGCUUUGUUUUAGAAUCGGUCUUAAAAGACGCUUUGUUCAGUGUAAAUUGGACUUUAAUUUACGAUCUUGUUUCUCUAGCCUCCGUCACCUUUUUUGUUUUGUUUUUCAACGGGGAGGGAGGGGCAGGGGGGUGAGGGACUCUGAAGCCUUCAAAAUUAUCCACAAAACAAAUUUACAGACAACAAAUCAGAGCUCUGCAUAAUCGCCUUUAUACCGACUACGUCGGUGCUGUUGGCACCUAUCGGCUGCCAGGUGAGAUGUAAAAAGGAAAUCUAGAAAAACUCUACAAAAAUAAAGGCCAUGUUCUGUUUGACUCUAGAGUAACCAGACUGUAUUUUAAAAAAUCUGUGGUUUCUGUGAUGUCUUCAGUUUAAAAAAUCUAUAAGGGCAUAUCAUGAAAAACUGCAAAACCUAUUAAAAUGUCUUUGAGACAUGACAUACUUCAGGAAAGAAUUGGGGACACUGUUUUUGGCAGUCACAGAAACCAUUAUUUGUAUUAGGUCCUCUUUGUCAAUGUGUUUUAGAUGCUCUUUAAAUUUGUAGACAGUGUUUUUUAUUUAGGCAGAGUAGUUUUCACUUCUGGUGUUUCACCUUGGUGCUGCCAGAAAAGAGAAAAAAAAAAGGUAAAAAAAGAAAGAAGAACAAUCUCUAAAGUGAAAUUUGCAAUGUUUUUUUUUCUCUUGUUUCUUUGAAUUU